UUAAACACUUAACAUCGGUAUUAUCGGAGCUCCCUCAUUAGGGGCUCAGUGGCUCACUCACCCAUCUUGCUUCUUCUUCGAUAUCAUCGAUUCACAACACACCAAACAAACAAACUACUACAAAUUUCAACCAUUUUAUUUACAUCACCAACUUUAAAUCAAAUUCAACCACUACCCUUUUCUUCAUUCAUUAAAUUCUGCAAGAAUUUCAGAAGAAUUUCAAAAUGGCGAUCUCAAUGUCAGCUUCUUCUUCUUCUCUGAAUUCAGCUAUUUCUGAAACACCCACCUCUAAUUUUCAGAAUUAUCAUCAUUCUACUUCCAAAGUAUCCUUCUCCUUCACUCCCAAGCCCAAGCCUGGCCUCAUUUCCAAGACUCUUUCAAACCGCAUUGUUGCCGUUAAAGCCCAAUUAAAUGAGGUUACCUUGGGUGGUUCUAACAAUGCUCCACCUACACCACAAGCAAAAUCUGGACCAGCAGCUCAAGAAACGAAGAAUGAUGAGCUGCCAAGGGAAACUUCCCCUACUGUGUCAGCUUCAGAAGAAUCAGUUUCUGACUUUUUAAGCCAAGUUGCCAGUCUUGUCAAGCUUGUGGAUUCUAGAGACAUCGCAGAGUUGCAAUUGAAACAAUUUGACUGUGAGAUAUUGAUCCGUAAAAAGGAGGCUAUUCCACAAUCACAAAGUCCUAACCCUACACAUAUGGUUACAGCGCAACCGCCUCCUCCUGUAGCACCUUCCCCAGCUCCUGUCUCCUCGACACCUACCCCUGCUUUACCAGCCCCGGUUCCUGCUGCCAAGUCAGCUAAGCCAUCACUUCCACCUCUUAAGAGCCCUAUGUCAGGCACAUUCUAUCGUAGUCCAGCUCCUGGUGAGCCGCCAUUUGUGAAGGUUGGAGAUAAAGUUCAGAAAGGACAAAUCAUAUGCAUUAUUGAGGCCAUGAAGUUGAUGAAUGAAAUUGAGGCUGAUCAAUCUGGAACUGUGGUUGAAAUACUUGCUGAAGAUGGUAAACCCGUCAGCCUUGAUACGCCUCUACAUGUAAUUCAGCCUUAAAGAGUCACCGGUUGCUUGAGCUCCAUCGUUUGUAUUACAAUGAUUUUCUGUCAUAUAUCGACCUCGUUAAUAUGUACUAUUAUUAUUAGUUUGUGUUGCAGCUGGUUUAUUGCAAAUUAAAUGAUUAAUAGGUGGAUAGAAAGAUAAUAAUAUUUUUUUUAGAUUUAGUCUCUCUUUUUCUCCGUUUGAUUGGAAAAUUGGGGGUGGGGGUAUUUGGGAAGACUUGUAAUUCUAUAUAUGUGAAAUUGUGAAUGAUGUUAUCCAUUAUGAAAUAAACUUUGAUUUCUAUUUUAGCAAGUAA